AUGGCGCUUUCCUCUGCGUUUCGAGAAAGACUUGAAAACAUGGAGCAUACUAGAAACCAACGCCUAACUCUCCUCCAGGCGGAGAAAGAGCUACAAGCGAACAAAUCUCAGGUUUUGGAAUUGAAGCUGGCUCAUAUUCGGUCCAGGGAACAGAGAUGCUUGUUGCUUGAUCAAAAUAUCGCAUCGCAAAACUUUAAAAUCUCUUCUCUCAAAUCUGGAAUUGAAAACCUCGACGCCAAAUAUAAUUCCAGCUCUCAACAAUUAAAGGUUUUGAAAAGUGAGAUCGAGGAGCUUGAAGAGGUGGAGAAGGAAAAGGAUAAGUUUUACGAAUCGAAGAGUUCAGAAAUCAACGAAUUUAGGGGAAAUGUGGGGAGGUUUUUGGUGGAAUCUCGAAUUCGAGUGCAAGAGCUGAGGACCUGUGUGAAUGAGGUAAAUUGA